AUGACCUCUUCGAAAGCGAUACGCAUUGCCCAGAUGCGGACAGAAUAUCCAGCUGUACUGACGGACGUCAUUCCCAGGCCUGGAGUGAAGCGAAAGCUUUCGUCGUUUGACGCAGCGAGAGCGAAAGUCGCGAAGGCCCGAGUGAAGAAACACGUCACCUUCACACAGGAUACCAUUACCUGGCCCACCCGCAGCAACGCCUGCUUUAAUCGCAACCCGGCGCAGCGCCAGAGUUACCAACCUGGUAGGCAUGCUGCUCCACUUGGGUUGGAGUGGAUUGACACAUCGCGAAUGUCCUCUUCAAUAGCAGAUCUUCUGAACCUGAAGGUAUACACAACCUAUGUCCAGGCUGAAUUUGACGCCUUGGUCGACGACUCGUCUCUCAGACCACCUAGUCGCUAUCAGGGCAUACUAUCCCUUCACCCCGGUAUAGGACCAAUUUCAGCAUUUGCCAACCAGUUCCUGCAGGGGGCGAAAACGGCGCGAGAGGAGAUGCUCGAGAUGAUCAGCGUGGCCGAUGCACUCAUAGUGCUCAUCGGCGAAGACGAUGUGGUGUUGGACCUGCAUCUCUCUGUCUCGGACGAUGUAGAGGACGAGGAUGGUUACGGCGACGAAGAGCUGGAUCAGACAAGGUGGACUUGCUGGUCUGAGUGUGACGAUGAGGCAAAGCCUGACGUUGGUGGAGCAGCUGGUCUAGCUGCCAAAUUCGCUAUUGACGACGAGAAGGCGCGAAAAUGUCGGAAGAUAGCUGGGUAG